CAGGAAAGGAGCAGUUGGGGAUGCUGCCUCCAAGACUCCUCGCAGGCAGUUGGGGGAAGUGGGCUUUUACAGAGAUCCGACAAGGAAAUGCAAAUUAUUCAUGAAUAUUCAGCCUACAGGUCCUGACUCCCCAGCAACGACAGAAUCAAUUGAAGAAAGGAGAAAGAGUUUGCAGGAUUUGGGAGUCACUGACAUUCAGCGAUGUGGCUAUGGAGUUCACCUGGGAGGAGUGGCAGCUCCUGGGCCCUGCUCAGAAGAACCUGUACUGGAAUGUCAUGUUGGAGAACUAUCGCAACCUGUUGUCCAUUGGGUAUCAAGUCAGCAAACCAGAAGUACACUCCAGAUUGGAACAAGGAAAACAACCAUUGACUAUAUUAGAUAAAAGUCAUCAUGGAAUUUCUUCAGAUGUUUACUCUCAUCAACCAGGAAACCUUUCAACCAGGGACUAUUCUGUGAUGUCACUCAGUUGGCUGCACUAUCAACUGCCCUUCUCAGCUGUCUACCAGGUUCUCCUGGCUGGUUCCAGGAUAGUUCUCGGAUGGUCCCGGUUCUUGGAAAUCCAGAAAGUUGAUGAUCAUCUCCCUGGGCACCAGCAAAAUGAAACCAGAGUUGAUAGCAUGGAACCAUGCUGUGAACAUAAUGCACUGGAAAAUACUGUUUGUCAGCACAAAAAUCAUACUCCUUUAAAGGAAAAUCCUGCUAUGUUUGACUUACAUGAAAAAGCUGUGAAAUCAAAUUCAACUUUACCAGUAGUCAACCAGAGCAGAAGCGAUGAAAUAAAGAACUCUGCUGAGCCUAAUGGAGAUGAGAAAACCUCUCUCCAUCCUGACCAGGAGCAAUUCCCUGAGAGUCAAAAAUCCAACAGCACUGACUUCCAAAUCAUUAAGCGUCGGAAGACUCACCAAACAGAGAAAGCGCAUGUAUGUAGUGAAUGCGGGAAAGCCUUCCUCAGGAAGUCUUUUCUCAUGGAGCAUCAGAUCAUUCAUACAGGAGAGGAACCCUAUAAAUGCAGUCUCUGUGGGGAAACUUUCUUUAAAAAGUUCAAGCUCAGUGAACAUUAUCACACAGCUCAUAAAGGAGAAAAACCCUAUAAAUGCACAGAAUGUGACAAAGCCUAUGUGCAUAAAUCACACCUCAAUAAACACCUGAAAACGCAUAUGGCAGAGAAACCCUAUGUAUGCGGUGAAUGUGGAAAAGGCUUUGUACAGAAGACACACUUCACUAUUCAUCAGCGAAUUCAUACUGGAGAGAAACCCUAUAAAUGCGGUGAAUGUGGAAAAGGCUUCAACCAGAAGGGAAAUUUCAUUAGUCAUCAACGAAUUCACACUGGAGAGAAACCCUUCAGAUGCAGUACAUGUGGAAAAGCCUUCAUCCACAAGGGAGAUCUCACUGUUCAUCAGAGAACUCAUACUGGAGAGAAACCCUCCAUUUGCAGUGUAUGUGGAAAAAGCUUCAUUCAUAAAAAAGAUCUCAUUAUUCAUCAGAGAAUUCAUACUGGUGAAAAACCCUAUGUGUGUGAUGAAUGUGGUGAAGCCUUCAGUCGAAAACCAUGCCUCAAAGCACAUCAGAGAUGUCACCCAGGAAAGUCUUCCUUUAUAUGUGAUGAAUGUGGAAAAUCUUAUUCUCAGAAGUCAAGCCUCAGUAGACAUCAGAAAAUUCACUUGGGCGAGAAACCCUUUAAAUGCUGUCAAUGUGAGAAAGCCUUUGACCAAGAGCCAGAGCUCACUGAACAUCAAAGAUCUCAUACAGGAGAGACUCUGUAUAGCUGCAGUGAGUGUGAAAAAACUUUUGCCUCCAUGUCUUGCCUUUUUUCACAUAAAAGAAUACACACUGGAAAGAAAUGUGUAGAUUCAGUCGAGGUGGAAGACCCUUCCACAGUGAGUCACAUCAAAUCACAUACCACUGAUCUCAAGCAGGAGAAAAGCCCUGUUAAUACAGUGACUAUGGAGAUGCCUUCUGUGGCAGCUGUGGCAUCAGUAAACACCUCUGAAUCUCUAACAAAUAAGAACAUAGUCCUUGAGGGACAACCUUUAGCCAGAUGUGAUCCCUCAGGAGAUAACAGAGAGUACGUACCAGAGAGAAACCUUAUGAAUACAGAGAAUGUGGUAGAGCCUUCGGUGAUUAAUUACCUCAUAUUUUAUGUCACGUAAAAUAGAUACGGUAAAAUCAGAAACACUCACUGGAGAAGAGGGUUGAGCAAAAAUUUCUAUUGAAUUGUUUGGUUACAAAGUGUAUCCUGAGGGAAAUCAUAUGAAUGCAGAGACCGACAAUGCCUGAUACAGACUCAUUCUCCAUAAAUAUGUACUUUGAUAUCAUGACAUAAUCUGAUGUUAACACACAUACGCUGUUCUAUUGUGCCAACUAAAUGAAAGUGUGAGUUAAUCUCAGUGGAGGAAAUUAAACCUGUGAAUUUUGAAAAGAUAAUAGAUAAUCAGUGUAUUGAAUGUUGCUAUAAAUAAAAAGACCUAUGAGAAGUGGUUGGUUGCAAAAGGGCAACAUUGGAUUGGUGGGAUUUGAAGCACAUAUAGAUCAGUUUCCCCAGAUCAGUGUGAAAGAACAAUUGAAAACCAGAAAGUCUACCCUCAAUUUUACAGCUUUCUAUCAUGCAGAAGGACCUAGAAAACAGUAAUGUUACAUUGAAUUUAUUCAUUAAUGUACUGAACAUUUGGCACAUACUGCCUUUGUGCCUGGCCCUGUUUCCAGGAACAAAGGAUGCAGUGAGGAAUAAAGAAGAGAAAAGCACAUGUCUUCUUGAGGAGAGCAUAGAAUUAUUUGGAUUAUAUUGAAGUGGAGUUUUGACAUUCCAGGUAAUCUAGUCAAAGGAUGAUGCAAUAUCUACACUAGGUAAAAGAGACAUGGAGUAAUUGUUACAAGGGGUUUAAUAUAGAAUUUUUAGGAGUUAGAAAAUCCUAAAAAUUUCCUAUGAUAAUUUCAUGUCAAAUCUAGUUGCCACUGAGUUGAUUCCCACUAAUGGUGACUCCAUGUGCGUUGACAGAACUCUGCUCCCUAGGAUUUUCCAUGGCUGAUUUUUCAGAAGUAGAUCACCAGGCCUUUCUUUCAAGACACCUCUAGGACUCAAACCUGUAGUCUUUUGGAUUAGCAACCAAGUGUGUUAAGCAUUGUCAUUACCCACAGAUUCUUGGGGUAAGGACCCUUUUAAUAGUACUUAACCAUCAUAGGAAAUUUUUUUUUCCACACCCAUCUUUUGUCUCCUCAUGGAGAUUAUAAAUUCCUUGAUAGUUUUUUUUUCUAUUGUGGUAAAAUCAGUUCCUUUAUGUGGCCUCUGGCAUUACCGUUUUUGAAAAACAGCUUGAGAGAUUUUUUCCCCUAAGCCCUGAUGAGGUCUUACCUUUGCAUUAGUUUUUUGGAGAAGCAGUAUGGGAGGAGGAAGUGGGUUCCCAUGUUGUAUUCUAUCCCAAAAGGACUGUUACUUAUGCCCAAGAUAUUUCCCUGUUCAACUGAUAUUCCCUGGGUACACUGUAAACAAGUUGAUGGUUUCGUUGUUUUGUCUAGUCUUGCCUGGUAAUUAACAAGACCUGAGGUGAUUAACAUUGCAUGGGUUAUUGAGGAUCGGUUGAACUCUGCUAUUGUGAGGGAGGCCCCACCUUGCAACUGAAGAGA